AAGAUUUAUAGCAUGGUGGCAGCGUUAUUCUGUACGGAGACAGCGAGCAGCCGCGGCUGCCCGGCGGAGCCUCGCUGGCAUUCGCUGGCGUUCAGACCAAGGGGCGGGGCUUCUUCUGGCCUUUCUCCAAUCAGGUGGCUGGCCUCUCCUCCUGCCUGCCUGGCUGCCUGCCUGCCUGCCUGCCUGCCUCCAUCCCACCCGCCUGCCUGCCUCCAUCCCACCAUUCCCCUCCCCUCCCCUCCCCUCUUGGAGGACAGAGCGAUGCGGAGACAAUAGGACACCACAGGAAGGCUGCCGUGGAUGCUCACGGUCCCAGCUGCUCGGUGGACGUCGCCAUCCACUCGGACUUGCCCUUUUCGCCGCCUGACUUGGUUCUAGUAUGCGCCUUCACGCCCGUCCCGUUUGCUUUGCAGCCGCUUGGACGCACAUCCAGGGCGGACUCCGCAGCCCUGUUAUGAGCAUCUCUUCAAUGUAACGUCAAGUUUGUAGCUGCUGCCGCUCUUGUCUUGUCCCGCCCCGCCGCCUCGGCAUCCGUUCCUCGCUCCGUCAGCAUCGCCCUAAGCCGCAGUCAUGAGUUCUUCUCCGUUGACAUCACGAGCGAACAUGGACAUCCUGGAUGAGCUGCAGCUGAUCGCAGCCCAGAACCUAGAAAAGUUGGAAGUCAAUAAGUACUACGAAAUCAUCCGAGAGUUGGGCAAGGGCACCUAUGGCAAGGUGGACCUGGUCAUCCACAAGAUCAGAGGAACCAAAAUGGCACUGAAGUUCUUGAAGAAGAAGACGACCAAGCUGAAGUCGUUCCUGCGGGAGUACAGCAUCUCGCUCUACUUGUCUCCUUGCCCUUUUAUCAUCAACAUGUUUGGCAUCGCAUUUGAGACGGACGAGUACUACGUGUUUGCGCAGGAAUAUGCGCUGGCAGGGGACCUCUUUGACAUCAUUCCUCCGCAGGUUGGUCUCCCCGAAGCAGUGGCAAAGCGCUGUGUCCACCAAGUAGCCAUUGCUUUGGACUACAUGCACUGUAAGAAGCUGGUCCACAGGGACAUCAAACCUGAAAACAUUCUCAUCUUUGACCGGGAGUGCCGCAAAGUCAAGCUGUCGGACUUCGGCAUGACCCGUCGCGCCGGAUCGCCAGUGAAACGAGUCAGCGGCACCAUCCCUUACACAGCCCCAGAGUUGUGCGACGUAUCCCGCCACGAGGGUUUCUGCGUGGACUACAGCACUGACGUGUGGGCUUUCGGCGUGCUUCUCUUCUGCAUGCUGACGGGAAACUUCCCAUGGGAGAAGGCGCUGGCCUCGGACUCCUUCUACCAAGAGUUCAUCCGCUGGCAGAGGAGGAGGACCAACACGGUGCCUUCCCAGUGGAGACGCUUCACCGAGCAGGCCCUACGCAUGUUUCGCCGCUUGCUCUCGGUGGAGCAGGAGCGACGCUGCUCUGUCAAAGAGGUCUUUGGAUACUUCAGCCACUCGUGGAUGCUGGACGGCGAGAAUAACAACAACAACGGCGGCGGCGGCGCUAACGGACGAGGAGAGCUCAACCAUAACAUGUCUUCGUCUUCAUCCGGGGAGGAAGACGAGGAACUCCUUGUGGAGCGGAUGAAGCAGCAGACUCUGUCCCAAUUGUCGCCCCCCGUGCCCGGCGAGCGUGGCGCGGCCAAGGGCGCAGCCACAAUGGAACUGGGCGGGGGCCACCAUUUUGUUUCCGUGUCCACCAACAGCUCGGUGUCAUCCACCAAUAGCUACGAGCGUAUGCCGCGGGAGAACGGCUCGCCGGGAGGCCGAAUGCUCGUGGCCACACCCAUCGAGAUUUGCGUUUGAGCUCAACAUUUUCCACGUUAAGCUCGUCUCACCGGUGUGCUCUUCUUCUACCAACCACUCAUCAACAGUCGAUGUGCAUGCACGGAGAACGAGACGCCGUUGUUGUCGUGCUGGUGCUGGAAGUACACACGUGUCGACAACAGAAGACCAAAACGUCGUUCCUAAAGCAAUAGUUCCAAAAAAAGCAAAAAAAAAAAAAGUCAGGAUGGAACAUGACGUCUGGGCUUUCCCCAAGUGGAAAGAACAACUUGAAGAGUGUUGUACAUUGGACUCCAGAACCAAGAAAGAAAAAGUGAUGACGUUUCAUCAACUGGCUGUUUUUUUUGUAACACAUUCAGGAGGUGAUUUUCAGUCAGAAGGUUCGGGCUCAAAUUCAACUGGCUGUUGUUUGAUGGUUUACAAUCAUUUAACAUAUUGACUAUUUUCUACUCACUCUUGCGUUCCCCAAAAUAGACAUCUUUACUUUCAACUCGGCCCCCGCAAAAAAAAAAACACAUUUCACGUUAAUAAUGCAUGAUGAGUAGCUCAGCAACUUUACAAAGACAAAAAAAAACAACAUAUUGUCGUGGAAUCUUUUGACGUAGCACAAUUUUCGCAUUACAUCCUGUUGUAAGAUCUCUUGAUGUUUUAGGGCUAAAAUGAAAAAAAAAACCAACAAAAAACAAAAUGACUUUCUAUUCAGUGUGUUUUCGUGUGUUUGUAUUUAUGUCUCGUAUUCACGUCACCACUUUCAGGAACUGGAACAAAAAAAACGUAAAGCAUGACUAGCAAGCACUCAAAAAGGAUUUUAGGAGCUUCGAAAUGGUCACAUGGUUCACAUCAAACAGUGGCAUGGAAGUUGCCCCGCAAAAAAGGUCCAACCAUUUGAAAGAAGAAAACAAAAAAACUGGAUCCUACAUUUGGAGUGAAUCUUUAGUGUCUUUCCCCAUCAAUCUGCAUGCUAAACGCUGACGCUAACAAGGUUGUGUAUUUGACCACGUGCUUGGAUUUUGGUCAUCAUCCCAGCUGCUCCCCAAUCAACCAGCGAGUAUGCAAAAAAGUCCGUUUUGUGACAAUCUCUGACCUCAUCGGACUGGGAACAAAAGAACAAAAGACACUGCGGCUGUGCUCUUUUCACCCAUCAUGCAGCUGCUCCCUUGUUUACUGCCGGCCGGCCGGCCGCUGCAGCACUUUCCACUGACAUUAAGAAAAGCAUUACCUCAUCAUCUUCAACCAGCACCGUUCGCUAACUGUAGCAAGCCUGAUGUUUGAUUUCGGGACAGUGACUUCAAAUCAAUAUUGAUUGGUCAUCACCAAAACCGGAGCAAGACCAAGGUCAUGACCAAGGUCAUGACAUAUGUGGAAGUGGUUACCGAGCCAAGGAGCAUACGCUACCCUCGGAAAAAAAGAAUCAAACAAAAGUGUCACAUUCAUGAAAAGAGUUGAUUAUUAUAUAUAUAUGUCUGACAUUUGUGAUAGGCCGUCACUGAGUAUUUGAGGACUUGAAGCCUUUUCCUUCCAUCUCAUACUGAUUUCAUUGGCUGCAAAUAUUUUGGAUUUGAUCAACGUUAAACAUCUUCCUCUCUAUAGACAGUACAGAAGCUUCAUAAGAAAUGUCCAAAAAUAUUGUUUGAAUAAUUGCAGAGAUUGUUCACAUUCAUUUCGGGAAGAAAUGAAUAAGGAUGCUUUUCUGAUACGGGUUUUUUUUCUUUAUAAUUAACACCUACGCUUAAGAACUAUAAAAUCCCUCAAAUAUUACAGUUUCACAGGUUGAAGUGAGCAUAAGUAGUAGAUUUGGUGACAUUAAGGUUUUUCCAGAGAGUAUGAAUAAAUAAACAUUUCUGACCAAUUCAGGUCAAUUGGAUAAUCCCUCAAGGCUCACCGGUUGGGAAUAACAGGUGGAAACAAUCCUGACGUGACUAAACAUUUGAAUCCAUUAUUAUUGGCUGAAAGAUAAACAAUCAUUUUAGUGCUUAUGUGUGGCAUGAUUAGAUGCAAUAGUGUCCAUUUUUUUCCCCAUUUAGGAUUAGUGGUGGGAGGAGAAAUGAUUCACACCAAACUGGAAGUAAACAGUUUGCUGGUGAGCGAGCAUCCUCCUAUUUUCUUCAUCUUUUCAUUCUUAUCACGUGUAGUAGUUGAGCUUCGAUGUUUGUGUCCAGUGGGAUAUUUCCCAGCAUUCUCAUUUUGGUGACUUUUUGUGAGUAGAUUGCCACAAACACUCCAACUUGUUUCUGUCCCUGCAAUACAACUGUCUUCCUGUUGAAUCCGAUUUAGUCAAUAAAAUUGAGAAUUCUUCUUGAACUCA